AUGGUGACCGAGUUUGUCCUGUUGGGGUUCACUAGUCACCCAGGCUUGGCUCGACUGCUCUUUGGACUCUUCCUCCUGAUGUUUGCCGUGACCUUGGCAGGCAACGGGCUGAUUAUGACUGUGGUGUGGACUGAUCCUCUCCUCCAUACCCCCAUGUACCUCUUCCUGGGCAGCCUUUCAUGCUCUGAGACAGCCUACACUCUGGUGGUCAUACCACAAAUGCUUGGUGACCUGCUGGCUCCCCAGAGGCCCUUUCCCUUGGCAUCGUGUGCGGCUCAGAUGUUCUUCUUUGUGGCCUUAGGGGUGGCUGACUGUCUGCUGUUGACAGCCAUGGCAUGGGAUCGCUAUGUGGCCAUCUGUCACCCACUACACUAUGGGGCCUUCAUGAGCCAACGGAUUUGUUGGUGCUUAGUGAUGGGGUCUGUCUGUGGUGGUUUCAUUCUUUCUUCCUUCCUCACUGGAGUGAUUUUCUCUUUGCCAUUUUGUGCGCCCAACCAUAUCCCCCAUUUCUUCUGUGACAUCCCUCCUGUGCUGAGCAGGAUAUGUCCUGGCUAUGGAACUAUGGAAAUUCUCGUUACAACCUUGGUUGCCAUGAUCCUCAUCAUCCCUUUCUCCUUCAUCAUGCUGUCUUACGGGUGCAUUUUGAUGGCUUCCUUGCACAUGAGCUCGUCUCAGUACUGUCGCAAGGCCUUCUCCACCUGUGGAGCCCACUUGACAGUGGUCUUUCUUCACUAUGGCUGUGCCAUCUUCUCAUAUGCCAGACCCAAAGGCAGCUAUAUUGAAGGCCAGGACCAUAUCCUUGCGGUGUCUUACACUGUUCUCAUUCCCAUGCUCAACCCUCUGAUCUACACUCUAAGGAACAAUGAAGUGAAGGGAGCCCUUAGGAAGAUGAUGUGCCGGGGUUGCCUUAUUCCUAAGGGGUAG